AAUUAAAUCAUUUGGUCGUAUAAUUUCGAAACAGAAGUACUUACUUCCUACAUGUGGUUUAAAUAAAGCCUAAACACGGCAUUCGAGGGAGAAGAAUAAACUAUGGAUGACAGGAAAAAUUUCUCAUUCACCUUCCCAUGUAAGAAGCAAAGAAAACCAAAAGGUAUGUCUUGCAAUGUAUCCAACAAGGAUCAGUUCACUAUUGAAUAUGACAACGAGGUUGAUCUAGAUAAAGUUUCGAUGCGACAACUUGAAGUUUUGGAAAUGAAAAUAAACGUUGACGAAAAGAGUCACCAAGAUGAGAAAAAUCAAAUCCUGGAGAAAAGUGGGGAAAAGAUUAGAUUACUUGAAAAUGAAAAUGACUUUUUAAAAAUCAAGACUGAGGAUCAAGCAGACAAAAUUAAACAGUUGGAUAAUGCAAACACUAAAAAAGACAGAGAAAUACAAAAACUGAAAAACAGACAAGAUGAACUGUCCGGAAAGAUUUUUGAACUAGAAGCUGAAAUUCUUCAAACAAAGGAAACCACUGAUGAACAGAAAUGAGAAAUUGAGAGGCUGAAAU